GUCAUGUGUUCGGUUCACAGAUUGUUGCUGAGGUCUUUCUUUCCCUUGCCAACUAUUUUUAUUUUCACCACCUGAGCAGUCUUUUAGAUCUUAUGUAUGUAAAUACGAACACAACUAUUAACGACCGCAUGGCUCACGAGCCAAACUCCGCUGGGUGUAAUAUACAGUAGGUAAUGGUAAUGGAAGUGUGAGAAGUGGAAUCCAUGUGAAGUCAUAUCACUGACACAGUGAAACACUCCAACUUCCCCUCUUUGUCCCUCUGGUCAUCCUUCCCUGUCUGUGCCGGCAGAGCAGGAUCGCAGUCAUGCAUGUGGACACUGUCUUUCUAGUGUGUCCUCUGAUUCUCGCCCUGUGGAGGGGGGUCCAGGCCGUCUCUCCUGUACCCUCAGUCCCUGGCCGUGUUCAAGCUCUGGCGGGCUCCUGCGUGGUGAUCCCCUGCUCCUUCACUCCUCUCAGGGGGAGGAAGGAGAGGAUGGACGUGCGGCUGAGGUUCAGAGGUGGUAGCAGUAUUUUUCCUCUUCGGAGCACUGCUUUUAACAGCCAGGACAGAGAUCAAGUCAGCAGGGACUUCUUGGGCCGGACUUCCCUCUUUGGCCGGAUCGCAGACGGAGACUGCUCAGUGAAGAUCGACAGGAUCAGGCAGGAUGACCCGCAGGCGUAUGAGAUGGCUCUAAAGAAAGGUGAAGACUUACUCUGGGGGAAGCCAAGGAGCUUCACUCUGGAAGUUAUUGACACUCCUGAGCCACCCGUCAUCAGCGGCAUGUUGUCGGCCACAGAGGGACAGACAGUCACUCUGAACUGUUCCGUCAGCUAUCACUGUCCCUCCAAACCUCCCGCCCUGGAGUGGAGGUGGGAGAGAGGAGCCCUGCUGAACAGCACUGAGCUCGGAGAAGUUCAGACACUCUACCCAGAUCCGCACAGACGGAUGCUACUGGCCUCUCUGUCCUUCACUGUGUCCCACCGGGUGAAACCCAGGCUCAGUUGUGAGGUCAACUACUCAGGAGCCCAACCAUUAGCCACUAUUAGGGAUCUGCAUGUGACUUUUCCACCAAAAGAUGUGAAGGUUCAGGUGCACUCCUUGGAAGUGCAGGAGGGGGGCAGCGUUUUGCUGAUGUGCUCUUGUAAAGCUGAUCCUCCGGCGUCAGAGUACCGCUGGUCCUACACUCAGCACGGCCACACUGUGCACCUACGGCAGCGAACACACACGGUCCGGUUGUUCAACGUGACCCGAGAUAUGAGGGUCCGCUGCUCAGCUCAGAACAUGAUUGGUCGAGGAGAGUCCCGGCCCAUGCCGCUUAAUAUUCAAUAUAAGCCAGCCAUCUUCCACCUCUCCUCCAACUGCACUGUGGAGAACUCUGUGUUGCUGUGCCACUGUUCGGUCAACUCCAACCCCAAACCUGCCGUCACCUGGAGCGUCAAUGGCACUCCUCCGCCGCACGAUUACAACAUGUCGGCAACAUCAGAGCCCAACAUGCUGACGGCCACUCUGAGAGGCCGCAUGGACAAACCUCAGAGGGUGAUCUGCUUCGCUUUCAACGCGCUGGGGAACGACUCUCUGAUUUUGCUGCAGGGGAACGAGGAAACACCUACUUUGCUGUGGUUGGUUCUUCCUGCUGUGGCCGUCUGCAUGCUCAUAUCCCUUCUCUGUCUUCUUGUCUACUACUGCCGAAAGAGAAGCAGAAAACGUGUCCUGAGGAGACGUCCUGCUGUGUACUCUGGAGGACUGGGAAUUUAUCAAGACAGGAUGCCCCUCUACAUUAACUGCACAGAAGUCACUCAUAUUUACUCCAAUGGCAGCUAUCAACUCGUGUACCAGAACUGCACGCCUCUUUUUGUCCGCACUAAACAGAUUCCUGCAAUGGGUAGAAGAGGUGGGGAGAGAAGAAGAGGUGGAGAUGGUGGAGGAGCGGACAGGGGAGCUAGUCCGGUCAGAGCAACAAGAGAGGUGCAAGGUUCUGCUGCCGACGCAGAUACGGCCAUCUACCUGGAAAUCCUCUGAAUUUCGGGUCGCGUUAAACUCCCAUCAUCAGCUCUCACUCAACAUUAGAUUCAUUCUACUGGUGGCUUUCUAUGUGUAUAUAGCUCACAGGUUGUUGGCAGCCAUUAGUGUUUCACAACUGUGCACAUUGUUCCCUUGAAGAGCAAGAGGUGAUCUGUUCUUCUCCUAAUCUGCAUAUUGAACAAUUUCUGUAACUGAGUGUUGGGCUUGGUGAAGAAACAUGGAGCUUAAGCUGUGUUAUGCUAACCCUAACCCACAACGUUACAUCAGUGAUGGCUCUGUUCGGUAAAACAUUGCCAGAAGGUUUUAACAGUGGCAAGGAAGCCACAUAAAGUACUAGGUCUUUAACACCUAAUGAAAACUGAGAUAUGUGUAUAAAACUGCCAUCUGCUGUAAGGGAUAAAAAAAUAUAGGAACAAAUGAAGAAUAAAAGAAAGUAAAUAUUACUGCUAAUAUAUAUCCCUAUACAUACAUCCCUAGAUCCAUCCCUAUUCAUUCAUCCAAAAAUGACCAGUCAUAGUAAUUUCCAAGACAGAUAUGGAUUUUACUUGAAUAGUGGUUCAAAUUACUUAGCUCCACUAGUGCUCAUAAAGUACAUUUAUUUACUGAUGUGUAUUUCCUUUAGCGUACUGUAUAUUGCUGUAUAUAACUUUCUUAUCUUGGUUUAUUGAAAUGUUCUGCUUAGUUUUACUCUUGUAUGUCUGUACAUAUGUAGCUUUGAUUUAUGGUCCUUUUGUGUAUUUCUCUCCUCUCCUCUCCUUUUUUUUUUUAUUUUAUUAUUAUUUUUUUUUUUGCCAGGCUUGCCUUUAGUGCAAAUGCAACACAUUCUGUUUCCCAUAGACAUCAGCAAAGCUAUCUGACACAAGGCACUAAAAGACUAUGAAUAGAAUCAACAGAGCGAUAAACCAUUCUGGCUUCUUUUCUUGAAAAUCUGCUUUGAAAAAUAUUUGUGUACUAACAGGAAAGUGCUUAUGACUGUAUAGUGGAAAUCCCCAAGAUUGGAAAAUAUUAACUAAAUAACACAAUAAAAAAACGAAAUGGAAACUA